AUGGCAGAAGCUGGAGAUGAUUACAAUUUCUAUUUUUAUUCCACCUGUAUAAAGGGAUCAAAGUGCCAAUUCCGUCACUGUGAAAAAGCUAUUGGCAGUGACACUGUGUGCUCAUUAUGGAGAGAGGGAAGAUGUUCCCAUCAACUUUGCAAAUUUAGACAUAUGGAAAUACAGCAGAAAUACAACAGCAUUUCAUGUUUCUGGGAAACUCAGCCUUUAGGCUGUGUGAGGAUCAGUUGUGUCUUCCACCACAGGAAACCUCGUAAUAUAAAUGGGCUUUUUUUGCCACCCAGUAGUGAUCCAACAUUGCAAAGGGAAGUUCAAGAAGGGAUUGUGCGUCCUGCCCUAAACCAAGAUUUCACAAAAUGUCAAGAAAACUUAUUAAGACCUAUUCAUCCACCACUGAUUAUUAUCAUCAAUCUUGAGGAUGAAGAAGAAGAAGAACAGGAGGAGAAAUAUGCAUCUUAUUUAUUGUCUAAGACUCCAGAAGAUAUAGAGGAAGAAAAGGCAAUAAAGGAGAUGUGUUAUAAAUCUGGAGAAUACUACAGAAUUCAGACUUCUCAGGAAAACAACUUAACAAAAAAUGUAUCUUCAGUGCUGGAGAAUGAAUUUUUGAAACCCAUGAAAACUGGCAGAGACUUACAAGAAGGUGAUGGUGUUGCAGUUCCAUCAAAGUUUAAUAUGAUAGAAAGACAAACAGAGAUAAUGGCAUCACUAGAUAAUAACUCUAGAUCCAAUGUUAGUGCCUUUGAAAAUGGAGGAGGUGAUUGUUAUUUACCACAGAGAAGUAUAUUUGUUGGAGGGAUACAAAGCAAAGUGUUCAGUGGAGAAAAAGGAUUUACCAUGCUGAAGUGUUCGAGCAUUAAAGCUACAAGCCAUGCUGAAAGGAUAAAGAAGCAUCAUUUUAAAGGAGUGAGGAAAAAGAAAUGGAUGUCUGAUGAACCUAAAAACCUAUCUGCUCCAUUAAUAGGAAAAGCAAUACAUACUUCAAACCCUAAAGGUAAAGGGAAUUGCCAUCAAAAUGAUCAAAGCAAGAAUGCUGAGAAUACUUCUUAUGUUCCUUCUCAGAGAACCAAUGGGAGAAGCAUUUCCUUGAGUUCUCCAAUGUCUGGAAGGUCACUGAAUCUUACCAAUGAUAAAGUAUGUGCCACCAAAGAGUCCAAGAUGAAUUUACCUACAGAGAGAUGCAUGUCAGCAUCUAAUUCCCCAGCUUGGAGAAAAAGAAGUCCACACACCAAAGUAUACACAAAAGUUGAAAAAAUGCAUUCAGAGCCCAGAAGAAAUGGAAGCAGAUGAAGAAGGAAGUUUGAAGGAGAGGGAAGAUAAAAGACAAGAAGUGAUAUAAUGCUCUUCGUAUAGUUCACCAUCAAAAGAAGAAAAAAUGCUAAUUCAAAGACCAUGGUUAUAUUAACCAAAGAGCCAAAUGUGAUAAGAAUAAAUUGCAGAACAUACAGAGCUACUAAUAAUAUACAUUUGAAAUAUGUAAAUGAGGCAUAUGUUUCUGAAUGGGUUGUUUUGCUUGAAAGUGUAACUGUUUCAAAUACUUAUUAGUACUAUGAAGUCUGGUUCUAAUCCCUUUAAACAAAACAUUUUUAGAACACCCUGUUCAAGCCAUUUCAGAAUAUACUAGUGGUAAUAUUUUAGAUAUGGUAAUUCUGAUCUCCUGUAUUUUGAAACAAAAGCUUACUUUCCCCUUUUCUGUGUGUUACAUUGGCCUGUUGUCAUACACUGAUGUCUGCACAAGCAGGUGUUCUUCUGCAUUCUGAGAGAACAGUGUACAAAUGCUCAAAGUAGCUCCCAAUAAUAACCGAGCUGUGGCAUUCUGCUUGGACUUAAGUCUGAGUUGGUUUUGUGGCAAGACCUAUGUAGAGUAGUCUAGACCAUUAGAGUAGUCUAGUCUUGAUGUUACCAUACCAUGGCAUGGAUCCAAGUGGCCAGAUCAGCCAAGUCAAGAUAGAGAGGGUUCAUCUCUUAGGCUAAACUAAAUUGGAAAAAAGCAUUUUUACAGCUGCAUUAAUUUGCUUUUCUAGCACUAAUGCUAGGUCCAUUAUAACUCCUAGGUUCUUAAUCAAGACAGCUGAAUUCCAUCAGAAGUGAGAACCACAAUGUUGUUCAAGGCCUCAAGCUUCCCAACCAGUGUUCCUUCUGUUUGAGUUCAUCUAAUUCUAACCUUAAUUCCCCUCCACCCAUUUUUUCAGAUUAGAUUCUGAAAGCAUCACAAAGAAAUGGAGUUGCCAAGCAUUCUGUUGGUGCAGAGCCCCUGUGCUUAAGAAAAUUGCAUGACAGUUAAACCAGUGCAGUUUUUGCCAUCAGUUCAUACUCAGGUUGGAUACUGCUGAGUAGAGGUGGGCAUGAUCCAAAAAAAAAAAUACCGAUCAAGCCGUUCGUGGAUCCAGGCUGCUGCCAAACCCAAGUCACUGAUUCUAACCGAUCAAGUCCCGUUUCCGAUCCGGAAUCACACACAAACACACACACACACACACACACACACACACAGAGCAGAGGAGGGGAGUUUUUUACCCAGCAACGAGCCGCCUUCCCUCAGGGAGGGGACAUUCACACCAGGGCCGGAUCUACGGUUGCUAGCGCCC